AUGGCCGAAUCCAGCUCUGCGAGCCGCAGGCCGACUUACCCUGCUGGAACGGUUGCAAAAGUGUCCACGGACAUCCUGAAUGAAACCUUCCACAACAUCAUCCACGAUCUGGUCGCAAAGGUCCAUCGCCAGGAAAAAGUGGCUCGCAUGCGCUCCGCUGUGGUCGUUGCUCGUCAAAAAGCGGAGGAAGAAGCUACUGUUCCGGAUGAGGCGCCCAGCAAGUCAGUGCCAGCUGAUGGAAAGUCCAAGGAAGUGAUGAUCGAUGCGGCGAAGCUGGCCACCACACACCUGGAGACGGAGGCGGCCACUUUCGAUCGUGGAAAGGUCUACCUGAAAGGGAAUCCGUUGCAAACGGUAAAGGAGAUCAUCUGCCCUGAUUGCCGUCUGCCACGCCUUGAAUAUCCGCCCAUCGGCGUGGGCUAUCGUCCUCCACCGGAUCCGAAUGCGGAGUACUGUCAGAAUGGACCGCUCAUCACCUUGCCCGGUCAUGAUGUGCAUGGAAAGAUGUUUGCUGUCAUGCCCAAUCCCAAAAAGAAGAAGUCGGACAAAGAUAGUACCAUCCCUGAAAUUCCCACCAGCAAGUGCCCGAUCUGCCCUCGAUACUUUGUGAUGAACCGAGUCGCGCAGCACCUGGAUCGCUGCAUGAACCUUGGUGGGCGCCACAGCAGCACACGAAACAAGACCCCCGUUGACGGUGUUGGAAGCAAUGCCAGCAGCCCGACUGGCUCAUCUUCCAAGCGUGCACAUGAGGACGACGAUGGCAGCCCUAGUCCCACCAAAAAGAAGAAGACCACACUCUCUAAAAAGGCAUCCAAGACGAAGCCAGGUCCAAGCAAGCUGAAGAACUCCUUUACGGUCGAAGACCAUGACGAGGACGUCAAAAGUGAGAAUGCCGAAUAG